AUAUUUGUAAUUUGUCUGAAUCAGUUGCCUUCUGUUUGUCUUUUUUUAUUGGUCAGGAUCUUAAAAGUGCAUUAUUAACGGUACUCCUAAAAGCGUCAGCAAUACUUGACCAUGUCUGAUUUAAUAUUAAGUGUGCUUUGUAAAUCUGUUAUAAAGUUAUUUAAAGUCAUAAACUCCUUGUGUGUUGUAUUCAAUUUCGGAUUUUAAUGGUUUAAGUGCAUCUUUCAAUCCUGUCGAUGGGUCUGAUAUUUAUUGUUGCAGUCAGACUUUGCUCUUUACUCAUUAUGAAGGCACAUCUUUAUCUUUCAGGCCAUUAAACACCAUAAAGGAAACAUUUUGUCCUCUCAGCAUAAAAAUAGACUGGUACAGUGUGUGUAAAAAGUUGAAAGCACUUGUUUUUUUCCUCUAAUUACAGUUUAGAAAAUGCCUAACAUGCAUAAAGGUAGUUGACAGGUAUUUAAGAUGGACUAAAACUUUCAAUGUAAUUUUGCCUCAGGAGAUAAAUUUGGUGAAUUUUGUAAAUGCAAUUGUUCGAUACAUUUGCAGUAUUUCUGCGUUCCAUUGGUUUAGAAACUGGAAAUGACAAUGCUGUACAACACUAGGCCAAUCUUCAUUUUUAGUUGUUGUAAAAAUGUGUUGUAUAUUUCAUUGUGGAUCUGCAAUCUUGUGAGCACAAAAAAAAAAAAAGUUUUAUGUCAUUUCUGGUAUUGUAAAUGCUUUUUUUAUGUUUUGUGAUUUAAUUUUUUUAUUCAUUGUGACAUUUACCCAAGUUUAUAUGCAAAUAAAACUGCAAGAUUUCUA